AUGGACGGGCCAGGCCAGACCACUAUUGUUGCCAACGAGAAGCAUACCAUGCAGAAUCUGAACGACCGUUUGGCCACCUACCUGGAAAAGAUCCAUGCCAGGUCUGUGGAGAACGCUCAGAUGAUCCUGCGGGUGGAUAAUGCCAGAGUUGCAGCUGAUGACUUCAAGAUGAAGUUAGCGACGGAGGCUAACAUGACUAUGAAGAUCGAAGGGGAUGUGGCUCGUCUGAGAGGAGUCCUGGACAGCUUUACGCUCACCAGAGGAGACUUGGAGAUGCAGAUUGAGGGGCUGAAGGAGGAGCUGGUCUACCUCAGGAAGAGCCAUGAGGAGGAGAUGCAUUUGAUGCGGACGCAGCAUUGUGGUGCUGUGAAUGUGGAGAUGGACUGUGCUUACUCAGUGGACAUGAGCAAGGUGCAGGAGGAGAUGAGGACCCAGUCUGAGGGCAUGUUAGCGAAGAACCAGAGAGAUGCUGCCAAGUGGUUUGAGAGCAAGGUAGAGGUGCUUCAGAGCCAGAUCACCACCAGCACCACAGAGGUGAAGACCUCUCAGUCUCAGGUGACCGACCUGAAGAGGACCUUCCAGAGCCUGGAGAUUGAACUGCAUGGCCUGCUCACUCAGUCCUCUUUGCAGGACGGCCACUCCUAG